ACAUUGAAUAGGGCUGCAGAAGUAGCACAAGAUUUAUUGAGAAUUUGAAAAGUUGAAGUGUUCGCUAUUCAUGGCUUCAUUCACUAAAUAUUCAAGUCAAGAGCUGAGAGUUGUAGUAAUUGCUUUGAUCAUUGCCUUUUUAUGUCAUCUUCCAAUUACAGGUAGUGUUGAGGUUGAAAAUUGGGAAAAGGGAACAUGCGGCGGAGUGAAGGUAGGAUCAAGGCCACCAAGGUGUAGUGUUGACAAAUGCUUCAACUGCAGCCCUUGCAUGGCUACACUAAUUGCACCCAUUCACCAAGGAAAACACAAAGCUGGCUCAGCCUCUUCUUCUGAACAUGACACUAACUACUAUCUUCUUGCAUGGAAAUGCAAAUGUGGUAAUAAGAUUUACCACCCAUGAUAUAUUUUCUUAUUUUAUACCUCAAAAUAAAAACUAAAUGGUGUAUGCUUCUGUUAUAUAUCUGUUGUAUAGUUUGCUAUGUAUUUAUGAAACAUUGAAAUUUUCUCUUA